GUGUAGGAAACAGAAGAACCCAACCACACGUCACAUGCUUAGACAGUGCAACCCGUCAGCUCGGCAGCGGGACAGGGGUGUGCAGACAGACUGAGACCCCCCCGGAGCUGUGGGGUGGGGGGGGGACGGCAACGGAGGGGCAGCAGCGGAGGAUGCUGCUGGCUGGAGGAUGGAGGAGGUGGUGGUGAAGCAGGGUGUGCUCUACCUCCAGCUGCAGCAGACCUUUGGGAAGAAAUGGAAGAAGUUCUGGGGCGUCCUCUACCGGGAAAGCUCCUGCUCCAUCGCCCGCCUGGAGCUAUUUGAGGGCUCAGCACCACAGGCCGCCGAAAAGCUGUGGAAGGGCGAGAGCAGCAAGCGGCUGGUCAAGCUGAGUGACUGCGUGCACGUGGCAGAGGUGAGCGGCGAUGCUGGCUGCCCCAAGGACACCGUCCCCUUCCUGCUGGAGACUACAGACAAGCGGUACCUCCUGGCCACUGAUGGCACCGAGGUGGCUGGCUGGAUCCAGAAGCUGUGCGAGCUGGCCUUCCCGAGGAGCAGGGAAGAGCAGGCAGCAGGCAAGGAUGGUCAUCAGAGCGCGCUGGGCACCGAUGGCGAGUUCUCCAUGGAGGAAAACUCCCUCUACAGCUCUCGGGGCAAAGCUGGCUUGGGGCAAGCAUUCGAGGUGACGAUGAGGGCCACAGAGUCCUCUGAGCGCUGCCGGCUCUGGGGCCGGUGCAUUCUGCGAGCUGGUGAGGAGGCACUGGAGCUGCUGGAUUUCCAGACUUUGGAGAUCAUCUACAGCUGGCCCUACCGCUUCCUGCGGCGCUUUGGGCGGGAUAAGGUGACCUUCUCCUUCGAGGCCGGCCGGCGCUGUGCAUCCGGAGAAGGCAACUUUGAGUUUGAGACCAGGCAAGGCAACGAGAUCUUCCAGGUAAUUGAGUCAGCCAUCAACGUGCAUCGGGGCCGGGGGGCUGAGGAGCCACGGUGGAGUGGCCCUGGGGACGAUGCCUCCCGGCCACUUGGCCAUGCCAAGAAGCCCAGUUGGGCGCAGGGGCACGAGCAGCUCGGUGGCACCAAAAGCCCCUUGCAGGAGCCCACCUCCAUGGGGAAGGUGGCAAAAGCCAAAGCGGUGAUGCCACCCAGCAGCUCCUCUGGGACUGGGGAGCCACCGAGCACCUUCCUGCCCUCCCGUGGUGCUGACUGCCCCUACGCCGAGCCCUGCAACUUGCGCCGGGGAAACCCCUCGAUGCCAGAGAAGGGCUGGAGGCAGGAUGCUCCAGCCAAGAUGGAUGCUGAAUCUGAGUAUGCUGUCCCCUUCGACACCAUUGCCAAGACCUUCAUGGCUCACAAAUUCGGGGGCCAUCACCCUGAGGAUGUCCUGCACCCCCUCUAUGAUAGCAUUGGGGAGGCUGAGGGGCAGGUGGGCAAGCAGCCCCCUCCACGCCCCACUGCUGCCAAGCCUUACCACAUCUAUGAUGAACCAGAGGGUACGUGUGCCCACACGGUCUACGACGAGCCCGAGGAGGUGAAGGGGGAGGCGUGGAAGCUGCAGGCAGCCCCGGAGGAUCCCACGGGGCAUGAGUACCCCUACAACCCUCAGAGAGAUGACUACGCCGUGCCCAAGAAACCUGUCCCGCUGCAGCAGCCGUUCCUUCUCCAGGGCAAGGAGUGGUUGGGGGACAAUGAAUACGACAACGUGGCCCUCAAGUUUGCUAAAAAGAGGAAUCUGCAGUGAGAGGGGUGGGGAAAGAAAGGAGUUCCCCUUCCCAGCCCGCCUCUCCCCCAUCCUCGGCGGAGCUGAGACCCCGCCAGCUCAGCGCACCCAUGGCUGAGCAGGACAGGGUGAAGAGCUCGGCGAGCAUCCCUUCGGAGCGGCGGGGCACAUCUGGCCAGCUGUGGCCGCUGGGGGGCAGUGUGCACCCGCUGGACGGGGCAGGGACUCUUCCCCACUGCUGCUCCGCUCCAGCCAUCCCCGCAGCCUCGGGUGCUCCUGCGGGCUGAACUCCAAGCACACACAACCCCCCCCCCGCUCCUUCUCCGCUCAAACCUCGGGAACUCCAGCUCUUCCUGCAGUGGAACCCCCUGUGCAUCGCUAUAGAUGCACGAGAGAUGCAGCUAAGUGAUGCACAGCCCCUGGGAUACUCAGCCCCUGCUGGCUGGUGCUCCGCGUCCCCAGGGAUGCGUGUACUGUAUGACAAGAUGCAACUGAAUGAUGCAUGGCCACAGGAUGCUCAGCCCGUGCUGGUUGGUGCUGCACAGCCCCAGGGGUGCACAUCCCACACUGCAAGAUGCAACCAGAUGAUGCGUGGUCCUGGGAUCCUCAGCCUGUUCUGGUUGGUGUUGCACAGCUCCAGCCAUGCACAUCCCACACUUUGAAGGCAACUGGACAAUGCAUGGCUCCGGGAUGCUGGCUGGUGCUCCACAUCCCCAGGGAUGAACAUCUCAUACCAUAAGAUGCAGCUGGAUGAUGCACAGCCCUGGGAUGUUCACCCCAUGCUGGUUGGUGCUGCACAGCCCUGGAGAUGCACAUCCCACACUGCAAGAUGCAACCAGAUGAUACAUGGUCCUGCGAUCCUCAGCUUGUGCUGAUUGGUGCCACCCAGCUCCAGGGAUGUGCAUCCCACACCAAGAAGGCAGCUGGAUGAUGCAUGGCUUGCACAGCAAACACACCCCACGUGCAGAUUUUUCUUCGCCUGCACUGUUCUUCACCUCCUCAGUCCUUCCCAAGGUGGCACGGUGGCCACAGGUAGCCCUCAGCCCUCAGGAUGUGCCCGCUCUGGGCUCUCCCGGCGGCGUGGCUGGGCACUGUGCCUGUCUGAAGGUCACGCCGCAUCCUCAUUCAGCAAAAGCAACGGCAUAAAUUUCUACCGUCUCAGCCACUGUUUUAGUUUUGAUGAUUUUUUAUUAAACUACUUUCCAGCUCCUCUGAAUUAUAGAUGAAAUCCUCAGCUUUACUGUCAUGGUGAUUUCAGAGGCUGGCUCCUCUCCUCUCCUCCCAGUACAUCGAGACUAGUGCAUGGCCAGACAAAGUCUGACUUGUUCAGGUUCAGCCCACUCCUCCUCUUUCUCCUAUAGGCCACCUCUAGCCUUCCACAGCCCUUUGUAGGGGACAUCCAGCUCCUCAGCUGGGCACGAUGAUAGGCACCGGCCCCCAUUCUCCAUUGUCUUAUGGUUCCUCAGCCUCAAAUCCCCGUCAGCUGAUGGUCCCCCAGCCCCAAAUCUCUAUUGGCUGAUGGUUACCCAUCCCCAGUUGCCCAUCCGCUGAUGGUUCUCUGUCGCAGAAUGAUCUCUCAGGGUUGCCCCAGGCUCUGUUGGUGUCCAUCACCCCAUCUGAGCCACUCCAGUGCACACCAGUUCCACCACCGCGAUGCAGGGAUGUCAGAAGCCACUGCCGGUCCCUCAUCACCCUGGCAGGUCUGGCACGGAAUGCAAAGAAAAAGGCAUGAAUUAUUUAUAAUCUCUUUCAAUCAAAUAAAUGCUGAGGUGCUUGAGUUAAUUUCCUGGAUCCUGAAAAUCCAAAGUGCAGACUUUUAAUAAGGCAAAUUAAGUGCUUUAUAUGUUACACUGAUUAAAGCUCUGUAUCAAUCUAUCACACCCUGAAUUGAAGGGGCCAGGGAACAAAUGGGUCACUGCAGCCGUGCUCCCCUCCCGCAAGCAGUGGUGGGCUUGGCUCUGCACCCUGGCUAGGCUCACACACAUGGAUAUUCUCUGUGCGCAAACACCUGAAACUG